AAGUAUAUGCCUGUCAAGAGAUUUUCUGCUUUUCCAGAUCAAAUCCACAGGGCAGAGUAUAAAUAGAGUUAACUUUUACCCGAGUAUUAACAUUUUUCCUAAAAUCAGGGGUGUUUAUUAGAUCUUACUCUAAUGCUGUCUAAGCAGUGCUGCAUUACAGAGGAGGAGGAAAAAGCAGAUUGAAGUUGUGAGUUCAGAUUACCUCUGGAGCUUUGGAAUCACGUCGUAUGUAGCUAGCUGCUCAGUGCCUCUCAGAUAGACUUCAUUUGUGGAGAUGUGGUGGAUUAUUUUGUCUCGCUUGACUGGAAUCUUCUUGUGGCAGUGCCUUAUCAUCCUUCUCGGUUAUCUUCCCCCAAAGACAGGAGCACUGCCCAACAGGGUUAAAUUUAUCCAUGCCGGUAUCUGUCCAAAUGAACUGAAUCCCAACUUGUGGGUGGAUGCCCAAAGCACCUGCGAAAGGGAAUGCACUGGUGACCAGGAUUGUCAAACAUAUGAAAAGUGCUGCCCAAAUGUUUGUGGGAUGCAAAGUUGUGUAGCAGCCAGAGACAGUAAGGGUCCUUUUGCACCACCAAGAAUGCAGACAUGUGACAAGUUUGUAUGCACCCAGCAAGGUUCAGAAUGUGACAUCUGGGAUGGACAGCCAAUAUGUAAGUGCAAGGACAGAUGUGAAAAAGAACCAAACUUUACAUGUGCCUCAGAUGGUCUGACAUAUUACAACAAGUGCUAUAUGGAUGCUGAAGCAUGUGCUAGAGGUAUUACAUUGACAACAGUUGCUUGCAGACAUCACCAUAACACCAGCCCAAUAACACCUGAGGCCACUACUCCUCCAACAACACCAUAUCUCGAGACCACCGCGGUAGAUACUAUACCUCCUGCUUUGGUUAGCAACCCUAUUCAUCAGUCAGUCUAUGUAGGAGAUACUGUGAGCUUUUUAUGUGAUGUUACAGGAAAACCCAAACCAGAUAUCACAUGGGAAAAACAAACAGAUGGCAAAGAUAAUAUUAUCAUGAGACCCAACCAUGUCCAAGGCAAUGUUGUAGUAACCAACAUAGCACAGCUGGUCAUUUAUAAUGUUCAACCCCAAGAUGCAGGUAUCUAUACAUGUGCAGCAAGAAAUGCUGGUGGAUUUCUUAGGGCUGACUUUCCAUUAUCUGUCAUCAGACGAGAAAUUUCACAGAAAGAAAAUGCUAAAAAUACAACCAAGUUUCCCACAGAUGAAUGUGUGAAGCAGCCAGACAGUGAAGAUUGUGGAGAAGAACAAACCAGAUGGUAUUACGAUGCAAAGAAAAAUAAUUGUUUCACGUUUACAUAUGGUAAUUGCAAUGGCAAUUUAAAUCAUUUUGAAACAUAUGAGUCAUGCAUGACAACCUGCAUGAAUGGACCAGUCAAUAUUUGCAAUCUGACAGCACUUCAAGGCCCUUGCAAAGCAUAUGAGCCCAGAUGGGCAUACAACAGCUUAAUGAAACAGUGUCAGUCUUUUAUUUAUGGGGGAUGUGGAGGAAAUGAAAACAACUUUGAAAGUAAAGAAGUCUGUGAGGACAUGUGCCCCUUUCCAAAGAACCAGCAGUACUGUAAGGUAUGUAAACCUCGUCUGAAGAUGGUGACAAGUUUUUGUAAAAGUGAUUUUGUCAUCCUUGGCCGUGUGACUGAACUGACAGAGGAUCACGAAUCUGGACAUGCACUGGUAAUAGUGGAAGAUGUAUUAAAAGAUGAGAAAAUGGGAUUAAAGUUUCUGGGGAAAGAACCUAUUGAAAUCACACUUUUAAAUAUGGACUGGAACUGUCCUUGUCCAAAUAUGACAGUAACAGAUGGGCAGCUAAUUAUUAUGGGGGAUGUUGAUAAUGGCAUGGCUGUCCUUCAGCCAGACAGCUUUGUUGGCUCCUACAGUGUGCGGCGUGUAAGGAAACUCCGUGAAGUUGUUUACAAAAAAACAUGCGAUAUCUUAAAAGAGUUUCCUGGACAGCAGUAAUCAUUGUCCUGACAGUAAGCUGUAUACACAUCAGAUAGAGAACUGCAAACUUAAUAAUUACUGGUAGUCAAAACAUGUUAGCAAAACUACUGUUUAAGGACAAUUGUUGUAGCAGAUGCUCAGUCUCAUAAAAAUAGGCAUCAUAAUCUUUUGAUUAUAGGGGCUGCAUAAUGGAACAAACACAGCUGCUGUUACUACUGCUGCUAUUGUAUUUUUGACCUCAUCACUUUUGUUUUUUUAUAAAUGACACAUUGCAUUAAUAAGCACUUGUUAAGUACCGAAUGUUUAAGAUGUCAAAUGUAGCUAGCACCUAAAGAAAUGAUGAUUUCUUCAGAUUCUAAAAUGUAUCAGUUCAUAUGUGUACCUUCACUUCAAUUCUGCAUUUACAUUAGAAAUCACAGCAAAAAGUAAUAUGUACAAUAAAAUUAAUUUUUGCCUUUUAUAGAUGCAUAUAUUGAAAUGGUGACAUAGCAUAAGAUAUUGUAAUAUAUUUUGUCUACCUUUAAAGUUGACAAUAAAUGUAAACAUUGUGAUUUAGCAUUCUUGAGAAAUAAAUGAAUAUGUUUAGCUGUCACUUCA